CGGGUUCAUGCAUAACGCAAGAGCGGGGCGGGAUGGGCAUGAACGACCGCCCGCCUCGUGUUGUCAUGACAGGACUGACAAGUGAGUGACACUGACUGCCUCAAGUUGAGCACGUGAUGCAUCAUUUGCAUGCCUCCCGUCCCUUCAUUCUGUCACGUCUGUUGUCAAGGCGGUGGUUGGCAUUUCACCUGCCGUCGAUCUGCUGCAGUUCUCAAUCGGCUGAAACUGAGGGAAAGAUCUCAGCGAGUGGCCGACCGACGUCGACGUCAUCUUCUGCAAUCACCGAAUCUGCAUUUUCGCAACGCAGGGAGAGCUGGACGGGCACGAUCUUGAGCAGCACUGCGCGUUUCAGAAUCAGGGACGGCCCUGAUCCACCUGGACUCGUUGCUCCCUGCCGGCUGAUUCGUCAUCUCCAACCACCCUCUGGCUUGCUCUCCAGUCCUCCUCCUGGCUUGGCGUCGAUCCCCGUUGAUGCUGGCGAGGACUGGCAGGCACUGUGUCACUUGUCUGCAAUGUCAAAGUGUGGCAGUGCCUGACGGACGGAGGAUCAGAGGCGGAGGCGGCCGAUCACACAGACGAUCUCACAUUCACGCUCCGGCAAUUGUGGCAGAAGCGACCCGCUGUCGUCUGCUUGUCCCUAAACUUUAGAAUCAUACACGGCAUCCGGAAUCAAAACAUGUUUCUGAGCUCUUUGCUGCCAACGGUCCCUCCCGCAGAGUGAACCUAGCCGGCCGUCCGUGGCACAGUCCUGACAGUCGCAUCAUCUGGGCCCCAUUGUUCCCA